AUGGCGGACUUUGGAGUUGGGGUACCAGAUGAAAUCGCGAGAUUAUCGCUGGGCCAGGGCCCUGCUCCUCCAGAGGCGCUGCCACCCAAUAUCAAAAGCGAUGGCAUCACCGCCGUGGACAUAACGGCAAAGUUUUCACAGGCUGUCAAGACUCUUGAGCCCGGAGCAAUCGUCAAGGAUGGAUUCUUUACGCUGUUUGAUUCAGUCGCGGCUUUGGAGAUUAUGGAUCCGAAGAUGGACAGUGGGUGCAGCCGCCCGGGGGCUGAAGUUGAGGAGACCUACGACGUUUCUAGAUCACUGCUGCCAGAAGAGGUGAUGGGUAUCAUGGAUCAGCUUUUAUGCCAUGAGAUGUCAUGGCAUCUAGGCUAUCCUCUAUCUCAAACACUAUUUACCAGCUUCUACGUAGAGGCCCUAUCUAUGCCGGAGCCUCGAAGUAUUGAAGAAGCUACUUUCGUUCGCAACGGUAACCAUGAUCCAAAUGAACAGCUCAUGCUGCAGGUCCUCCGAGCAUAUUGUCUAGGUAUGCUGAAAAGUUGCGGCUAUGUGAACGAAAGGAUCAAAUCAGAGCACUAUUAUGAGGAAGAAGAUUUUGUCACUACCACAUAUAAUCGCACCCUCUUAGCAAGUCUACCAACAAGUGCGAUACGUGACGUCUUGAUAGAGGCCAUUGCAGCCCUCAGGGCGCAACGGGACUCUUUACCCGACAAUCUUGUUGAGGCUCUGCUGACCCGACUGGAGCUGAGGCGCAUAUUCCUGGACGCCGUGGAAUGCCCCAAGCAUAUGAAAGAGCCCGACUUGGCGAAAAAGCCAUGGAGAGAAGGGCUUGAAUUGUUACCAAAUCUCAACAAGACGCACACUCUGGCCGUGCCAGUUAUCGACGCUUUCAGUGCUACGCUCCAACGGAGAUUGGCCAGCACCAUGCCUCCGCGACCCAUUGUUCAGCUAGAAUUUGACGUUGCUUUUGGUCACCUAAAGGACUUGUUUGCAGAUGGCCUCGAGCUAAUCGACGUUUUGAACUAUACAGAUUCUCAGAGCUUGCUUACAUUUGUAACCUGUUUUCAAGCGAAGAAGCCACAGCCCAUUGUUUAUGUGCGAACAUUACUGCAGACGUUUCUCUUCGAUGCCAUGGAGGUCCUAGGAAGCAUGAGUAUUCGCCAACUUCUUGAUGAUGACUUUUCUAUUCUCACAAUGCCGGCGCACCAAUACCUAGACAGAGCAAAUGACGAGAUUGAAGUCGUUCACGACCCACGAUAUGCCAUGGCGCAGCAGAUGGAGUUAUUCAGGACCAGAGCAGCACAGCCAUUCUUAGAUAUCCUCCGUACAGCGUGCCAGAACCGCUGCCGCGUGAGGAGAACUCUCUGCCAUCUCCUGCGCGAUUGGGAGAACCUCCAGAUGGACGCAGAAGAAAUCGACCAGAUCCUCCAAGUCAAGGUGGAAGAGCGGCCAACAAUGUACAGGUCACCAAUGAACGGCAGCGGCGUGGAGUCUUACUCGCUGCCCUUGUCGUCAUGGACAUACCUGUAUAAGCUGCGCCAGAUGGAGCAGAUUAUCCAAUUGGGUUUCGAGCUGGAGAUUUAUCAGACUGAUGAGCUCGCCGGCAUGUACUGGUACCUCAACUACAUCUCCAAAUCUCGUCUUCACCACACCGAACGAAUCAAAUCAUUCGUAAUUAAGAGAGUUGAAGAGAUACACGGACGGCCUGGAUAUUCAAAUCCCACCCUUGACUCACAGCUACAGCGAUCCUUAAUGUACGCUCGCCUGUCAUUACUCGAUGCCGCCGUGACCUGGGAGCUAUCCGAUUCACUGUCAUGUCUAUACACCGUCUUAAAUCGCCUCAAGCUCGUCAAAGCUCCGCCAAGGCCAUACAGCACCGACGAACUCCGAUACGAGAUCCGAAUGAGGCCCUUUGCGCCAAUUGGUCUUCCCGUCCUACCCACUUUUGAAGAAUUCGCAGCGGGUACGUUGCAGCCCGACACCGAAAUCGACGAGCUCUUUGAGUAUGCGGAGCGCGCAGUGGAAGGUGCCAAACGAGGCUUCGAGGCUCUCAGCAAGAUGACGGCUGAGGAGUCUUUCUCAGUGGGCUCUCACGCCCGGUGGUCCGCGUCUGUCAAGAAUGGCCUCAAGUCGUGCAUUGCCACGAAACUUGCCAUUUCGGCGGUGCAAAAGGCGAUUGAGGCUUCGCCGGGCCUGAAUGAUUUGAAGAUCAAGGUGGAAAUUCCGACCCCACAAAAGGCAUAUCACGAAUGGUGGAUUGUUCCAAAGGUGCUGCCUGUAGCAUAACUGCGUGUAAAAUGAAGAUGAGUAUUUAAUUAGGAAGGAAUCAAAAGAAAACUAAUUUGAUGUUGCGUUUCCCAUUUCUUUCACCCCCACCAUUCCAAGUGAGCGAAAAAAGGAGAAGAGACACAUGGCCUCAAGGUAUCCAAUCGUGAUAUGUACGUUCAACUCAUCAAACCCCAAACCCGUUGGAAAUAUAUUCCAUAAACCCAGCUCUAUACCUACCGAUAGGGCAUAUUAUCCACCCUUGUCGAUUCCACCUUACCUAUGUUGAUUACACUAAUAGUACAGCCCAAAGAUUACGGCUCUCUAUCUAAUGUCCCGAUGAGCCCUCCUUCCAUUGCGUAACAGAAGUUGUCAAGAGACGUUCGACGCAUUUGGUGCUAACAAGCAGCCAAUCUUGCAAUGUGGUUCAUUUACGCCUUCUUGCGGCCCAUCCUGAGUCUCACCAUCUGCUCAUAGAGAACAUCCUUGAAGGCAAAGAGGAAGGCCGCC